AUGUCUUCCACCACCGACGAAGAUAAGAAGAAUGUCGACCACUUCUACACGACGGACCCCACAGGCGAAUUGGCUCCUAAGACGUACAUGUUUGAAGGCAUUGCUGGCUGUGUCUACCUUACCCCGGGUGUUGACAGAAUCCCCAUCUAUCGUUUCUUCAACAGCGGGAUAGUAGACCACUUUUACACUGAGAGCAAGGACGAGGCGGAUGCUGUGGGUAACCAGAACAGUGGUUAUGAGCGGGGGGGGGCCUUUGUGGAAUUUAAGCGAUACUAUUGGGACACUCCCUACUAUGACCAUUUCUACACGGCAAAUCAAUCGGGGACUGCAGACGCACUGGAAGAUAAGGCCGUGGUUAAGGCCGAGGGGAAAGCAGGGUAUAUCUAUCCAGUCUCUGAGGGAGUGUGUGAGUGUGCUCUGAGGGCGAAAGGCUUGUAUCCCCUGUACCGAUGGUGUCGGCCUGAGUCACUCCCAGCCCAAACAUGA